CAUAGAAAUGUAGCUCACUUUCACUAUGCUAACUUGUAUGAGUUUAGAGAAUCCAUUCAUGAACAUAACAUAAUAAGGUUUAUUCUUUUUCAGAUGUUUAUUCUUCCAUAUGUCUAAACAAUCCAAUCUGGUAUAAAUACAUCUCCUCUCAGUCUCAAAUUUCCACAAACCAACUCAAACAAAAAUUUCCAUAUAGCCUCUCUAGCAACUAACCAAAUCACAUCAUAUAGAAAUGGAUUUGUUAGCAUCAUUAACAGAGAACAAACCAGUGGUGAUCUUCAGCAAAAGCACCAGUAUCAUGAGUCACACAGUGAAAGCACUUAUAAGAAGUUUUGGAGCCGAACCUAUAGUUAUUGAGAUUGAUAAAAUGGCAAAUGGACAUCAAAUAGAGAGAGCACUGAUUCAGCUUGGUUGUAGACCAAGUGUGCCGGCAGUUUUCAUAGGACAACAAUUCAUAGGUGGUACUGAUGAAGUUAUAAGCCUCAAUGUUCAAAACAAGCUUGCUCCAAUGCUUUUAAAGGCUAGCGCUAUUUUCAUUUGGUAGUUUAAAUAUAUAGCUAUGCAAAAAACUCACUCCAAUUUGGUCAUAGAUAAAAGGUUUUGUUUGUUUUGUCCCUAUCUUUGGAUCAGAGUUGAUGAUGAUAUGGUAGUACUAUUACCAUAAGGUGAUUUGGUAUAGAGCUUCUUUUUCUUGCUAUGUUUGAACUUUUCUUUCUUCUUUGUUUUCCCUUUUGAGAAGAAGAACCUUACUCUUUAUUGUUGUAUAUAUAAUGUAAUGAUUUUCCUACUUGUGUAUUAGUAAAAGAUAAGUAUAAUCUA